UGCGUGGAACUUGUUUUGUUUGGGUUUUCGGCAUCACCAGUCAGUGCCAGUCAGUGUACUGAUGCGCUUCCAAGGGAUGAGAUUUUUUUUUUGUUCGUCAUUGGUUUGAAGGUGAAUUAAAAUGAAACCAUUCAUCGUAAUACGCAAGCUGGAAGGUCAAGACAAUCUGCAGUGCCAGAAUGUCGUAAAGGAUUUCAUUAUGGCCGGAGCCUGGGAUGCAUUCGUGUCGUGCUUGUUCCGAGAGAUAACUCUUCAAUUAGUAGUAAUAGUAUGGGCCAUUCUGUUUAUAUUCUGCGGCAUUCCACUGCUGAUGUGCUGUGUAGCAAUACCGGUGGUGGUUGGUCUGAUACUGUUUACGACUUACGGCAGCUAUUUCAACAAAGCGAAUGAACUGGCCAUUCGAGGGGGCAGCAAAAUGUGUUGGGUGGCGGAAAUUUAUGAACCACUUGUGCAUAAUGGUUUGACCAGAGGCUUCGGAAUAGACCAAUUUUAUAACGACAUUCCGAGGGUUGACCAGAAGGAGCUCAAUAAAAUGAGACGAAAAGUUGUCGGAACCAUCAGCUGCAGAAGUCAUCUUAUAAUGGAGAAUUCCGGUUGGAUUUAUAGAUUGGCAGUUUGUCCAAAGUAUCCGUUCCGAGAGAUUGCAGAACAUUUGAUAAUAAGGGUGCUGGAAAAUGCAUACGAUAAUCAACUGUUUACAAUAGAAACAGCGACAUCCGAGUGCGAUGAGAGCAUCCGAGAAGUUUACUUGAAACUGGGAUUUACUCUGAGGUUAGUCUACCAUAAACAAAUUAUUGGAAACACAUUGAAAAUCAUGAAGUCCCAACUGGGAAUCGAUCCUUUCGAAUGGAAUCAAAACAGAGAGCAAAUCAAAGUGGAAUUGCAGUAGCCAUUCACCGUAUUAUUUCGAAUAUAGAUAUUUUUGUUAGAACUUACUAUAGCAUUAAUGUAAAUUCAUCAUAGUUUAAGGUGUGUAGUUGAACAUUUGUUCAAUUCAUUCAUCGCACGUAUAUGUUAAACCCUUUCUCUUUUUGUUAAACAACUAAAUUGUAUUUAUAGUUUAGGAAACAUAAUUAGCGUUAACAUAAUUAUUAUAAAAGUUCCCUAACAGCUCAAUACAUAAAAUGCAAAUCAAGACUA